GUAUAAGUUUAGCUGUCUUCUUUCAUCAUCCAAAAAGUCAACGAUAAUCAUCAUCACUAAUGCAAAGUCUCUGUGUUCCGCCUCAACACUUUCCGGCCACCACGCUCAGUCGCCGUCGGUUUCCGACGUCCGUCACUCGUUCGGCGAGAGCAGAGCUCAGAGAAGAUAAUGACCCUUUGAUUCAAUCAGCUAUUCAUUCAGCAUCUCUUCGUCUGCGAGAAACCAAUCGAACAGAGCCUCUAUUCAUCGACCCAUAUGCGGCUUGCUUCUUACCUCCUUACACGAACAAGGAAUUGAACCUCAAUGAACAACGACAACAAUAUUGUCUUGCAACAAAGUUCAUAGAUGACAAAUUGUUACAUAUAGCUAAACGCAUUGAUGGACUAAAGCAGGUUGUCUUGUUCACAGAUGGCAUGGACACUCGACCUUAUAGGCUUAAUUGGCCAACUUCGACUAUGAUCUUUGAUGUAUCACCGGAAAAGGUGUUCGAAAUAGCAUCUGACAAGCUUAAAGAUGUGGGAGCUAGGAUUCCGAAAAGUUGCAUAUUCUUUCACAUUCCUGUGGAAUCCGGAAACUUAGAGCAAUGUUUACGCUCUAAAGGGUUUAGCGGGAAUCGGCCAAGUAUAUGGGCAAUGCAGGGCUUACCUCUUGAGUCACAAUCGAGUUUCGAAGCGAUGCUAUCAGCGAUUAGUAGCUUAGCCAUGAAUGAAUGCUAUCUCAUAGGAGAAUUGCCUACAAAUAUCACACUCCAGUCGGAUUUGACUAAGUGGAUGGAGAAGCUGUUCAUGAGCAACGGUUUCAAGGUGAAGAUAGUUAGCUAUGAAGAGAUCGCUGUGAGUUUAGGCGUUGUAUUACAUUCACAAGUAAACCAUGACAGGAUUCUGUUUCUCGCGCAACAGCUCAGGUUUUCAGAUGAUCAGAUGGAAAAUUGGAGACGAGAGUUUGAGAGGGUUGAAGAAGAUGGAGAUGAACAAGGAUUUGAAGAGCUCUGAAAUAAACAGAAAUGUCUUUUUUUGUUUAUGAAUAAAACAGGCUACACAGCAAAACUGUUCCCAUGGGAAUGGUGUCUAAAUAAGUUUCAGAAUGCAAAAAUCUUUGAGCCAAGCUUUUGGUCUUUCAUCUAGACUUGGCUUUGCUUUGACCUUUU